AUGUUGCCACGAAUAUUCGCCCUCGUCCUCGCCCUAACGCUCAUGUCCUCCGUCCGCGCCCAAUUCGGGUUCUUCGAGCAGAUGUUCGGCCAGCACCAACAGCAACAGCAACAGCAGCAGCAGCGACCGCCAGACGGCGUCCCGCAGUGGGUCCUGCAAUCCGACGCCGUGCCGUGCGCGCAGUACCUUUGCCCGGACACGCUCUUCUGCGCACCGGGCCCCGCGGCGUGCCCGUGCCCGGACGUGCAGGACGUGCGGUGCGUGGUGCCCGAUGCUGCGGAGGGGGGCACGGUGGUGUGUGUGCGGGGCCGGGUGGACUGUGCGGAGGUGACGAGGUUAGCGAGGCCGUUGGGGAAGUGA